CUUCUCAGUUGCGUCAGUCUGUUCUAAAACUGAUCAGUGCGGCUUCGUUACUUUCAUAAGCAGUGCACAAAAAGCCAAGAUGAUUGCCUUGUAUGUGUUGGCGCUAAUCUCCUGCGCAUGCGCGCAGUACACUGUGCGAAACCCUGUGUUCGAGGUGAUGUCACCGCAGGGACUCCGGAUCUCGUACACAGAUACCAACGGCGUGAUCCUAGUGGGUCUGCACUUCAACAUUGACACUCCGCUGGCCGGGGUCGCCGCAGGGCAGUUCAACAUCGACAUCACAGAUAAGUCAGGUGGCGCUUUCGUCUACGAGAACCAAGGCAUCACCGUACGUCCGGGACAAACCAUUCACUACUGGGUCCUGGUCAUUCACACCAGCGGAGGCUACCAGCAGACCGAACAGUCGUGGACGGUCCCGUCCCCUACAACGACUACCCAGGCCACAACCACCCCACAAAGCACAACAACUACAGCACAAACCACAACCACCGCCGCACCAUCGGGCGGUAUUUCCGGCGGUAUCUCCGGUGGGACUUCCGGCGGGACCUCGGGCGGGACAACGUUGACAGGCGGGACAACCGGUGGGACCACUGGUGGGAUAACUGGUGGAAUCACCGGCGGGAUCACUGGUGGAAUCACUGGUGGAAUCACUGGUGGAACAACCGGUGGCACUGUAUUUGGAAUCGCUGCCAACUGCAAUGAAUACCCUUGUGACCCGGCUUGCGACCAAACCGUCGCACCAUGCAACGGGCUGAUCUUCGAGGAGAACUGGGACAAGCUGGACUUUGACCGCUGGCAACACGAGCUGACCAUGAGCGGCGGAGGGAACUGGGAGUUCCAGAUGUACGUCAACAACCGCUCCAACAGCUACGUCCGUGACAACACUCUCUUCAUCAAGCCGACUCUGACGUCAGACAAGUAUGGCGAGGCGGCCCUAAGCAGCGAGGUAGUGGACAUGUGGGGCAUGUCCCCAGCGGACCAGUGUACCGGCAAUGCCUUCUGGGGCUGCCAGCGUACGGGCACGGGUACAAACUACAUCAACCCCGCCAGGUCCGCCCGUCUGCGCAGCGUCAACAGCUUCGCCUUCAAGUACGGCAAGAUCGAGGUGGAGGCCAAACUGCCGACCGGUGACUGGCUCUGGCCAGCCAUCUGGAUGUUGCCCAAGCACAACUCUUACGGCCAGUGGCCGGCCUCGGGAGAGAUCGAUCUCAUGGAAUCUCGCGGGAACAAGAACGGCCGCACCGCGCAGGGCGAGUCCAUCGGCGUGGACUCCAUGGGGACCACAAUGCACUGGGGCCCCUACUGGCCGGUCAACGGUUACGCUAAGACUCACGUGACCAGAACUCUGAGUGGAGAAACUUUCGGAGACCGCUUCCACAAGUGGGGUCUGGAGUGGACCGAAAAUGACAUGACGUUCUUCCUUGACGACCAGGAGAUCAUGAAGGCUGACCCCGGCCCCGGAGGAUUCUGGGAAUAUGGCGAGUUCUCGCAGCAGCUGGGGCCAAAUGCCCAAAAUCCCUGGCAAUACUCGAACAGCAAACUGGCUCCGUUCGACCACGAGUUCUACAUCAUCCUGAACCUUGCCGUAGGAGGAACCAACGGCUUCUUCAGCGACCAGGACACCUUCUCGCCCGGCAAGCCGUGGAACAACGAGUCCCCCACCGCCUUCAAGGACUUCUGGAUGGCCAAGAACCAGUGGUACCCGACUUGGAACGCUGACGUCAACAACGGAGAGGACGCCGCUCUGCAAGUCAAGACCAUCCGCGUCUGGAAGUACUAAUUAUAAAGUAGUCGUUUUCGAGGUCUCGAUUCUUUCUCCGCAAUAAAUUACUGAAUGAAAU